AUGGCAGAAAAGCGAAAACGAGACUUUAGUAAGUCUGAUCCAGUAGAUUCUGGUUUAAUUGAUGAACUGGGAGAUCGGUUAAGUCUGAUUGCUGAAGAUGAAAAAAAGGGCGUAAGCUCUGCAUUGAACGUUGAAAACUUAGCUACAUUUGCCAAUAAACAUUCGAGCCAAAUUCUCCAAGCAUGGUCGUACUAUUCACAGACCAACAACCAUGCAAAACUGAUAUUUGCAACCGGGAAACUGGGUUGGUUUCUGGCUAUUUGUGGUCAAAACCUGCAGACGUUACAGAAACAGGGUGCUAUAGUCAUUCGAGAGAUAGUUGAGCAUCACUUAAAAAUAAUUUACAGAUGUCUCUUCUCAAACCGCCCAACUAUGACAAAUCCCGCAUUGAGGAUUCUAUCCGAAAUUGCUAAGUUCAAUAACGGUAUUUAUACUGGAGAUUUGUUUUCUUCGCUGGAUUUGUCCCUUAAAGCAUUUCCUAAAAUUCUAGCAUCAACGGCCGACGAAUCUUCAACUACAAAACAAUCUUCUAUGAGGACAGCAUUAUUAAACUUUUAUUUAUCAUUUAUUAAAAACGGAUCUGCCAUUAUACGAAAAGAUCUGAUAUCUCAGAAAAAAAUUGUAGCUGGUUGGAUGAAAAGAAUCACACAGGAUCCAGACCAUCUGGUGAUUUCUACUUUAGACGUGUUCAAAAACCAAAUUUUAUUUGAAUCCGCCUUUACCAAGUCAACGAAAUUAAGUUUUUUCAAUGACUGGGUGCUCAGCAACUUGGUAAAGCUUUUUUCAAGAUCAGAUGAGGUUGUUACCGAAUUAUCAAAAUUCUUGGAAUUAUUGGCUACUGACUCGGCCAACGGCAUCCGAUUCCCUGAUAAUGGAUGGUAUCCACCUACUAGCAAAACUCAGUCUAAGCGUGAUAGUUCUGCCAGUGCGCAGAAUGUUAAUGAAGAUUCUAUAAACAACAGGUUGUUGCUGUCUCUGCUGAAGUCACUCAAGCCAUGGGAAGAUGUUUGGCAGCAGGAUCUUUCAAUAUCCAUUCUAAGAUCUUCACCCGAAUUACUGAUGCCAUAUGUAACAAGUGGAUUGGAACCUAUUUCCUUUGCUCCUCGCUUGUCUUCGUUUUGGGUAUCUUAUGCGAACUUUUUGUCUCGAGUGAUUCAACUUCCCAUUCCUCAGCUACAAUCACUACAACCUCCUGCAACAUCCGUAGUAGUCGAGAGUAUCUUACCUCUUGCGGUAUGCAAGUCGGGAUCUCUACUAAAAUGCCUCACUCAUGAAGUGCAACUUGUGAGAUACCUGGGCUGUCAAAUAAUGGUAUUAUGCUUAAAAAAGCUUAUGACUGUAUCUACGGAGUAUUCCCGCCGAGGCUGGGACUUGUCGGAUGUUGUGUAUACUAUAAGCGAUCGUCUCCCUGAUUUACAAGCUAUUGUAUCAUGUUUGAACACCAAAUCAGCCUCAGGAGAGGUUAAUGAUCUUCUCAACACCGUUAUAACUGUAUUGCUAUCGCUCUACGGCACUGUUUUCCCCGAUGUAAUAUCGACCUUUUCAUUGCCAUCGAGUCUAACUAAUAAUUGGCAGCAUACUGUCGAUAGUAGCAAGUUGGAUGGAUUGAAAUUAGUUCAGGUUCGAGGGUCUUUGCAACUUCAAAUCUCUUCGAGUGCUGUUGGCAAAUGGUGGAACAAAUCACAGGGGUCGAGCUAUUCAAUAUUUACCAGACUGGUUCAAUUGGGGGCAUCCGAUAGUACAUUCACUGACCAGGUUUGUCAAAUUCUUCUAGGUUUAACGAAUCCUACCCUUUUAUUUCAGGAUGAGACACUAGUCCCCCCUAUCGAGGUUUUGAUAAGAUCCAUUAUGCAAUCUUUUGAAAACUUCUCUAAAGAUGAACGAGAAAAGAUUUGGACGUUAAUUGAUGAAUCGGUUGCUAGGUGUAUGAGAUCACCAUACAAAUAUGUUGAUGAAUUUGCAGCAGUAAGAGCGGAUAAUACUGAAGUAAUGAGCCCCCUGAUAGUGACAAUGGUAGAACAAUGGAAAUAUGUUAAAUCACCUGAAGCCAGUGUAGAAAGAUGGUUUGUCCGUUUCAUUAGGGACUGCUGUGUCUGCGGUGAGAGUUGGACUGCAGCUUAUAAGUUUAUCAGCGAAAAAGCUGGUUUAAAAGAACAAGUAUUUCUUCAAGAGCAAAGUUUUCAGAUGUGGAAAGAGAGACUGAAGUUAGACGAACCAUUUGAUUUCAUAUUAUCUGCUGACGCCAAGGAUAUCAUUAGCCGUUCGGAUCUCCAGUUCAAGAUACAUGGUGUAUAUGAGCUUCAAGCUCUUAAGUUCCGGCUUGUCCAUGACCACGAAAACGAACGCAUGGCCUCUCAUCUGUUAUCAAGUAUUCCAUUAUCUCUAGCUCCGUAUGUCGCCAAGAAGCUCUUUUUCAAAGAACUGAUAGAGGCGAGAUCGGUCUUCUUAGUGAAGAAGUAUUUCAUCACUUUGGGACUCUUCUCUUCUCAAGAACAAGAUAUGGAUCUUUCAGAGAUUAAAUCUUACGUGUCUAAAAAUCUUUCAAGUGCCACAAUAGAUAGACUGGCACAUGGAAUUUGGCUUUUAGAUUCAUCUGAUGUUAUGGCUUUGCUAGACAGUCCUGAUGUCUCAUCCAGUUUUUGCAAGCUUUGCAUUGAUCGUCUGACCGAACUUAAACAGGCCAUGGAACUAGGCAUUCUGAAUCGUUUAAUAUCUGGACAAUUGAUUGAUGUGGCUUUGGCCGAAUCACUUGCUGCUAAUUUCAGGGCCAAACCACCUAGUCUAACGACCGACCUUGAUAAUUUGCUUGAAACAUUAUUUGAGAAUGGUUAUUACAAAGUCGUGUCCUCGAUUAUCCAGUCCACUAAGUACUUGCCUUCUUUUAUAAGAGAGGUUGCGGAAGCUUCAGAUGAUUCUUUGAUUGAGAUAGCUAACACUGUCGCUGAACUUGGAAAUACAAAAGAACCAUCUUAUACCAGGCUAUUCAAUUCUGCAUCUUUGGCUGCCUUGGCUGAGAUCAAGAAAGGUGACAGUAAGAAUGUGCAUUCUUCUCUCAGUCUACUGGCCCAUACUGUAGAUAUUUUAUCGGACGAGCAAUUGGAUGAGAUAGCAGCGUAUUUUGAUGGUGUGUCGGGUUCUGUUACUCUAUCUUCGGCAAUUGUCAGCCUAGCUGGAAGCUUAUACGAUUAUAAACCAGACGGACUGAAAUUGUGGCUACAAAAGUGCAUUGUCUGGUUAACAAAGCGACUAUCUGAAGACAGUAUUAUCACAGACGGAUUAAGGUCAUUUUUGUUAUCAUUUGGUAAGUGCAAUCAUCACUUAUAA